AUAAUUACUAGCACGGUUAAUUUACUCGUCACUUUGUAUAUUAGCAAAGAUGUCACUAACGAGUUACGAAUCUAUAUAAAAUAUAGGAAGUCACGAACUAAAUUUAUAGCAGAACAUCGCUAUGAUUUAAAAAAAACAAUGCAUUUGUAAAUAACGAUAACGAUCGUACUGGAAUUGUCUGUGUCUUGGACCGUGAACGCUUUCGUUUUCAAAGGACCGAAGUCACGUCAGAACAGAACAGGCCGUUGAGUCUAGCCUCUUAGGUAAACCUCAGUCGCUGAUCGAACACACGCUACCAUACACGCUUUCGGACGAUGUGGAGCCGUUAUAACAAUCAAUAAACAUGUACAAUAAGUUAAUUUGGUUAGCGAUUAUCGCGUUAAUGCCCGCCGACGGUAAGAAAUCGAGAAGCAAUGACAGUGAUUCUGUAGAAUCGACACCACAACCGAAUAUCCUUUUAUAUUCGACAUUCGGUUUCAAUGAUGUCGGUCCUCACGAUGGAUUUGUACAAAGUUCACCGGAUUACGCCACCUAUCCUAACAGACAGCAGGAUUCCCGAGUGAGGCUUUACGCACCAGCUUUUCCAUCGGCUAUAGAGGCCACCGGUUCAGACGGCUAUUACGAUCCUGACCAAACACCACUCGGUGCUGAUAACGAGGACCAAACAAACGUUAACAUAUUCCAACCGGUUCCUAUAAAUUUCUUUACACCCAAUCAUGAAUCCUUCAACGAGAAAAAGAAUACGGAGACAGAAAAUACAUUUGAUACGAGAGACGAUAGCUCAAAUCAUCCAAUAUACGGGACAAAAAUUAAUUCUAAAUCCAGAAAUAAACCAGCCAAAGACUUGAAUACCACUGAAUAUAAUAUUUUGGACAGUGUAUCCACGGUAAUUGAAAAUAAUAAUGACGAUUAUAAUACUAAUCUAGAAUCUAGACAUCAAUCGAAAUCUAUGAAAAAUCAAUACAAUGUUAACUACCCAUCCAUAAAUUCUCCAGGCUCAUUUCCAAAGGUAAUUGAUUUCACCGAUGCUAAGAAAUAUUAUCCAAGUAGCGUCGAAAGUAAAUAUACAAACCUUAAACCUAUUUAUGUAAACGCCUUCCAAACAGACGAAUUUAAUAAUAAAGAUGAGGUUCAUAAUGAUCAGGGAAGCACCAAUCAAGUGUCUUCAUAUAAUAUUAACGGAAAAGACAGCGAUGACUUUACAGACAAAGAGACGUCCCCAGUGAGCUUUUCGAAUCAAGACCAUUUACCUUCUUAUUCUAACGUUAAAAACAAUUUGAAGAACAACAAAUAUAAACUAGAUUACAAACAGAAAUUAAAAACAAAGUACUCCAACAAUAACAACGACGAAUUUAACAAAUUGCGAGACCUAAAAAAAGGUUAUGAGUAUUCAACUAACUACAGCACCGCCAGUUUUCAUUACGACUAUGACAAACCUAAGAGACAGUUUAAUAGCAGUAUAGAUGAAGUUUCACCUGAGAGCAGCAAUAUAAAUAUUGUGGGUCACCGAUAUCCAAAUAAAGAAUUUUCCAGUUUAAGAACUUUGCCAUUCUCGUUACCAGAUCCUGAUAUUUACAAACCAUCAGAGGAAUAUUUAAAUGCGUUUAAAAAUUAUUACUCCGAUGUACCUUCUACUGCUUCUCAAUGGAGUAGCUUUUAUAAGCCAAUUGAAUUGUCAUCUCAUAAAAAACAACCGAAAAAAACAUAUUUAUUCGAUGAUGACAAUGAAGAAAUCGUUCACAUACCGAAAAGGCCACACAGUAGUAAAUAUGGAAUGUAUUCUGACAGUGCAAUAAACGAAUGGCCGUAUGCAAACGAGUACACAUCCCAUAGUCCUAGCGUAACAAAACAACCAGAAUGGGCUAAAGAUUAUAUUAGAAAUAAAUUCAAAACAGAAGAAGAUCUGUUAGGAUUACGAAACCACGAUGACUUUUCUCCGUCUCAUCCGAGUUCAUUCAAGUAUAACGACCUGACGAAAGAAUUUGAUUUCGAAAAUUUAUCAGAGAGGUGGAGACAAAAUUUUUUAAAAUCAAAGGCUAAAGAACCUAACCGUGACUACGAAAGUUACGCAUCAGAUACUAAACCGAUUCACAUAUCUCGUCCUAAACCCUACGCCAUUGAGAUACCUCACCCGGUGAUAGUGCCGGUGCCGCAGCCGUAUCCCGUUAGGGUUCCGAUACCAAAACCGGUAGCCGUACCGGUUAUACAGGAGCUUACCGUACCGGUUGAGAAGCCGAUGCCGUAUCCGGUCAUCAAAAAGGUUCCUUAUAUCGUAGAGAGGCCCGUUCCCGUACCUGUUGAAAAACAGGUGCGUGUCCCGGUAGUGAAACCUUACCCGGUGCACGUCCCUCAAGUGAGGCCAGUGUUUCAUCACUCACAGUACGAAGACGAUGACGAAUAUGAAGCCCGCCCGGACACCAGGCGACCUGUCUACAAACGACACAAGAAUACACAUGGGCGCGCUCGUCCGACAACAAGACGGCCAACACGUACGGCCUAUCGUGACAACCAAAGACGACGUCCAGUCAGAAAGCCAGGGAUUCAGGGAGGCAGAAAACAUCUGAGAAGACCUACAAACUAUCAAACAGAACACUCCAGGUACGAGGACUUUGAACACAGUGAUAGUGAGUUUGAACGUUAUUGCCAAAGAACCGGUAAAUGUUGAGAUGUAAAGACUUCUAUAACAUCAAAACUCUAUGGAUCAUCACGUAAUGCAUUUCCUUAAAUUAUUUUAGACUAUAUAGUUAAGAUUAUUGU